UCGCCGGUGAUCUCUCGGACUCCGCGCAGCACGCAGCUCUUCCCACAGCCCCGGGGAAAGGCUCUGCAGGACCAGCGCGCCCCGGCGGGGCUGAGCAGAAGCUCAGCUACUGGGCGAAGAGAAACCAGCCGAAGUUGCUGCAAAGAGCCCCGGGAGCCAUCUGCUGCGCGCGGAGCCUGCUCCAAGGGAUUGCUCGGGGAGACGCGCUUUCCCUUUCCCCAGGACUUGUUGCUUCACCCGAGACCUAGCUCUGUGGCGGCCCUUUGAAGCCUGGACGAUUUGGGCUCUGGGUUGCUAACAACCUCUCCGAAUUUGCUGCCCCCCCCCCUCCGCCGAUCCUGGUGCAGUCUCGCUGGGGCGCCGUGUAAAUAUUUUUGCAGCCGUGAGACGAUUUGUAGGCUGUGAUCCAGCUGAGCGCUAAGCGGCGCCCGCAGACUUCGGGGGAAGAAGGAGGUCAAGGGCCGCUCGGGACUGGAGCUGCGGCUGUGGCCUCUGUGUGUGUGUGUGUUUAGUGGCUAUUUGUCUUUAACCUCAGGUCACCCUGUUUGCUCGGCUGCAUUCCCUCCCUCUGGCUGAGAGGAGAGACGUCAACUGCAGCCGCAGCAGCGUUUUGUAAAAAGGCGCCGCGCUCCUCCCUGCUAAAAGUUACCGGCUUAAUUAUUGCAAAGCCCCGGGACCUGCUUUGCGGCGUAGGCCGGUCUCCCCUCCCCCCACUCUUCUGCCUCUCUCCGGGUCACAGAUCAAAAGAGUAACGAGCAGCCCCCAGCUCCAGCGGUCGGAAGAGUCCUAUCCCGACGGCACCUGCUAGUGCCAGGGUUUCCUUCCCCACCCCCAGCGAGCGUGUGGUGCCCGCAGCGAGUAGGAAAGGAUGGGAUUCGCUGGCCAGAGCCCGUGUUAGACCCGAGCCAGCGAGCUGCACGAGAGGGGACAGGACCGCAAAAGGCUCGUUCUCCGCUCGCUGCUUGCACUCGUUCCCAACGCUCCCGGCGGACUGCCCCGCGGGCCCCCUCCGGGCAUGGAGGUGCAAGUUGGACUUGGCAGCGUGUAUGCCCGGCCGGCGGGCAAGACGUUCCGGGGAGCGUUCCAGAGCCUGUUCCAGAGCGUCCGUGAGGUGUUCCAGAGCCCGGGCGCCGGCCCGCCGAGAGAGGAGCCGGGCACCAGCCCCCAGCCUUCCUCCUCCACCCAGUGCCAACCCGAUGCCCGCCUGCAGCAGCAGAGCCCCCGGCAGCAGCAGCCGGGCUCCCCCGCGUACCUGGCUCUGGAGGAGCAGCCCCAGGGCCAGUGCGCCCCGGCGGCCAAGGGGCUGCAGCCUGAGGACGGGGGCCCGGCUGUCACCCCCUCCUCGACCCUGUCCCUGAUGGGCUCCGCUUUUCAGGGCUGUUCCGGGGACCUCAAGGACAUCCUGGGCGAAGCGGGCGCCCUGCAGCUCCUGCAGCCGGAGGCCCAGGCCCGGGGCAGCCGCGGCGAGGUGGCUGGGGCCAAAGAGGACUUCCUGGGGGACAGCGCCAAGGAGCUGUGCAAAGCCGUGUCCGCCUCCAUGGGCCUGGGGGUGGAAGCGCUGGAGACGCCCGGCGAGCUCCUGCCCCGGGAGGAUUGCAUGUUCGCCCUGGCCGGCGGGCACUCCCGGGCUGCAGCGGGCGCCCAGCUCGGGGACUGCAAGAACCCAGCGGGGGCUGCGCUCCUGGAAGAGCCGGGCACCAGCCCGGCCUCUUUCAAAGGGCACUCAGCCGCGGGCAGCGGCCCCGGGCCAGGCGAGAACGUCCUGGCCAUAGACGUGCCCCACAGCCUGUCCCCGUACAAGGGCUCCCCGGGCUUGGAGGAGCCCGCUGCUUUCCAGGGUCGCGAUUACUACAACUUCCAGCUGGCGCUCGCCCCCCACGCCCGCAUCAAGCUGGAGAACCCCCUGGACUACGGGCCCAGCACUCCCUGGACUGCCCAGUGCAGGUAUGGGGGGGACAUGGCCAGCCUGGCGCCCCAUUGCCCUGCCUCGGGCCCAGCCUGGCACUCGUUCUUCGCAGAGGAGGGGCAGCUCUACGGCCCAUGUGCAGAGGCAACUGCUGGCCCUUUCGGCUGCGGGCGAAGCCAGGGGCCACCGGGGCAAGAAAUAAGCGACUUCCCAUCCGACGUGUGGUACCCAGGAGGGAUGGUGGGCAGGAUGCCCUAUGCUGCUGCCUCCGGUUGCAUCAAGAGCGAACUCACCCCUUGGAUGGAGGGCUAUGCCGGGACCUUUGGGGAAAUGCGGUAA